UAGCUCUUAAUUAGGGGCGUCAGGGAACUUAGAAGACCUCCAUCAUUAUCAACCUGCGGAGAAAGUGGGGAUUGUAUUCAAUCAUGGCCCAGAAAGCUGCCAAAACCCUAGCGACCCGCAAUGGUGCUAUCCUCAACCGCACUCACCUGAUCUCGGCGGCAUUGCACCUGCUCUUCCUUGUGCUGCACUUUAUGUUCCAGCGGCCUCGCUCCUUAAAGCCAUACUUCUUCUUGGCUAUUCCAACUCUUGCCAUUGAGUAUUAUCUGGACCGCGUGGGCCGGCCGCGCUACAAUGAGGAUGGCUCCUUGCGCUCCGCUGGCGAGGAUCUCAAUGCCACCGGUCUGACGGAGUACAUGUGGGAUGUACUUUACUGGACACAGGGGUGCAUUGUUGCUGCCUGUCUGUUCAAUGACCGGGCUUGGUGGUUGUGGGUGGUGAUUCCUUUGUACUCCGUCUACGCUGCCUAUACCACCAUCAUGGGUGUGAAGAAGGGAUUCGCCGGAAUGGGUGGUGGCGGCGAAGAAGCCCAGGGUGAUGCUCCCAAGAGUAAGACGCAAUUGAAGAAGGAAAAGAGGGGUUCUUCUAUGAAGUAUAGGUGAUUUGGUCGGACCUAAGUGGGCAAAAUAUGUAACAAUAAGCUCGAUAUAUAUUGUGCGUUCCAGAUUGGGAGUCACU